UUUGGCUAAUUUUGAUAAUUAGCCAAAAUAGGACAACCGAAGGGAUGACAACCAGCUAGCAAACGGGUUCUCCCGCAUCUUCUCAAUCUCGUUAAUGAAAAGAAUGCAAAAACAAUAAAACCUUUUAUAUUUAUGGCAUCAUUAUGUCCCUUCGGGUUGAUUACAUGUAAUUCUGCUAGUUCAGAAGUGUAAAGAUGAGAAUGAAGGUGGCUCAAGUGUUGCAUAUGAAAGGUGGCACUACAGAAGCAAGCUAUUCAAACAAUUCUUUAUAUCAGCAAAAGGUGAUUUCUUCAACAAAGCCCAUAAGAGACGAAGUUAUAACUUGCUUAUAUAAAGAAACAAUCCCUCGAAGCUUAGCAGUUGCAGACUUGGGUUGCACAUCUGGGCCAAACACUUUCUCUGUGAUUUAUGAAUUGAUUGAAACUGUGGAGAAGCUUUGCAGAGACCUAAACCAUGAAUCCCCAGAAUACAUUACCUUCUUAAAUGACCUACCAAGCAAUGACUUCAACACAGUCUUCAAGUCUCUUGAAAGCUUUAAACAAAAGCUAAGUAAGGAAAUGGUAGGUGGGAAGCAGACUGGUCCAUGUUACAUCGCUGGAGUUCCUGGUUCUUUCUAUGGCAGGAUUUUUCCUACUAAAUCUUUGCACUUUGUUCAUUCCUCCUAUAGUCUUCAUUGGAUGUCUCAGGUACCUGAGGGUGUAGAGAAUAAUAAGGGCAACGUUUGUAUGACAAGAACAAGCCCUUUAAAUGUGUGCAAUUCUUACUACCAUCAAUUUCAAAGAGAUUUCUCAAUGUUUCUUAAGUAUCGUGCUCAAGAAGUAGUUGAAGGGGGUCAUAUGGUACUUACACUCUUGGGAAGAAGCAGUGGUGAUCCAUCAAUGGAAAAAUCUUGCCACAUUUGGGACAUUGUAGCUGAAGCACUUAAUCAAAUGGUCUUGGAGGGAAUAAUAAAGGAAGAUCAAAUGGAUUCAUUCAACGUUCCUUUCUAUACUCCGUCCGCAUCUGAAUUGGAAUCAGAGGUUAAGAAAGAAGGGUCCUUCGCUAUUAAUCACUUGGAGGCAUUUGAAACAAGUUGGGAGGCUGCUUGUGAUGAGAAACGUAAUGACAGUAAAGAGUACCAAAUUACACAAUUCAUGAGAGCUGUGGCUGAACCUUUGCUUAUGAACCACUUUGGAGAAUCCAUAAUGGACGAUGUUUUUCAAAACUGCCAAGAUAUAUUAGCAGAUCUUAUGUCUAAGGGAGACCUUGUCCAUGUGAGUCUCUGCAUAUCUUUGACUAGAACAAGUUGAAGAAGAAGCAACAUGUGUGUGUGUGUGUGUGUUUCUAUAACACACCAGAUAUCAUUAAAAC